AUGCCACUCAAGCCGAAGCUGGACGUCUACCCCGUGGAGAACUACACGCAAACCUCGGUAGAUAUCUCCAACGGCCACGCCGGCGUUGCGGGAAACAAGGUGAACCUAGGUGUUGGCAGCUCUGCUCCGUUUCGACCUCCAAGCGCCAUUGAAAAGUUGCUGAGCUUGAAGAAACGAUGUGAGGAGGAGCCGUGCGUGCACUCCGUAGAGGGCGUGCUCCUCGUCCACCUCCAUCGCCACCCCCAUAUUCUCCUCAUGAAGCAGAUCAACUUGAGGACUCGCGACGCGGACGGCGUGCGCACUGUGCCGCCGUCCAACACAAAUGCCGAGGUCACGUAUCGUCUGCCGGGGGGGCGCUGUCGCCGUGGCGAGGCGGAGGAGAGCUGCUUGCUACGCAAGUUGGGCCGUCACUUGUUGAACGAAGCGAAAACGCCGGCGGGGGCUGCUGAGGGGACGAGCGCCAGCAACUCUGACACAGUCGUUGAUGUGGGCAUGACGCACAGCGCGUCCAAGGCAGGUAGCUGCUUUCGUGUCGGAGAGGUUUUGGCAACUUGGUAUCGACCGCAUUUCACGCCGCACAUGUACCCGUACGUUCCAGCGCACAUCGCUGCGGGCAGUGUACGGGAGGUGCGCACCGUUUACCUCGUACAUCUGGAGCCAACGGUGUACUUCAACAUGGUGCAGGAGGGCGUGGAGCUUGUGGCCGCACCGCUCUUUGACCUGUACGAGAAUUCAAGCAAGUACGGCCCGAUCAUUGCGAGUCUGCCAGUGCUUCUCUCGCGCGUGCUCAUCAACUACUGCAGCACCGAGUACUGA